CACCAUGUGUUUGGUUCAUUUCAGGCUCGACUGACCAAAGAACAGCGCUGGGGAAGUGCAUUACUCUCCAGAAACCACUCCUUAGAAGAGGAAUUUGAAAGGGCAAAAGCAGCAGUGGAGUCAGAUACAGAGUUUUGGGAUAAGAUGCAAGCAGAAUGGGAAGAAAUGGCCCGGAGGAACUGGAUAUCUGAGAACCAAGAAGCCCAGAACCAAGUUACAAUUUCAGCUAGCGAGAAGGGCUAUUACUUCCACACUGAAAACCCCUUCAAGGACUGGCCAGGCGCCUUUGAAGAAGGCUUAAAGAGGCUGAAGGAAGGGGACCUCCCAGUCACCAUCCUCUUCAUGGAGGCCGCGAUUCUUCAGGACCCGGGAGAUGCAGAGGCAUGGCAGUUCCUCGGGAUAACUCAGGCAGAGAAUGAAAACGAGCAAGCAGCUAUUGUCGCCCUCCAGAGGUGCUUAGAAUUGCAGCCGAACAACUUGAAAGCUUUGAUGGCUUUGGCCGUGAGUUACACGAACACGGGCCAUCAGCAGGAUGCCUGUGACGCGCUGAAGAAUUGGAUUAAGCAAAACCCAAAGUACAAAUACCUUGUGAAGAGCAAGAAGGGAUCGCCAGGCCUCGCCCGGAGGAUGUCUAAGUCUCCGGUGGAUAGCUCUGUUCUGGAAGGCGUGAAGGAAUUAUAUCUGGAAGCUGCCCACCAAAAUGGAGAUACGAUCGACCCAGACCUGCAGACAGGUCUAGGGGUGCUGUUCCACCUGAGCGGAGAAUUUAAUAGAGCAAUAGAUGCAUUUAACGCCGCCUUAACUGUUCGGCCAGAGGACUAUUCGUUAUGGAACCGUCUGGGGGCGACCUUGGCGAAUGGAGACCGCAGCGAGGAAGCCGUGGAGGCCUACACGCGGGCGCUGGAGAUCCAGCCCGGCUUCAUCCGCUCCAGAUACAACCUGGGCAUCAGCUGCAUCAACCUGGGCGCCUACAGAGAAGCGGUCAGCAAUUUUCUCACUGCCCUCAGUCUGCAGAGGAAAAGCCGGAAUCAACAGCAAGUUCCUCAUCCUGCCAUCUCCGGGAACAUCUGGGCUGCCCUCAGAAUCGCACUGUCUCUGAUGGACCAACCAGAACUCUUCCAGGCGGCCAAUCUCGGUGACCUGGAUGUCCUCCUAAGAGCUUUCAAUUUGGAUCCUUGAAAGAAAAGAAAAAAUAAUAAUCCCUGUCCAUAUGUGUACUCAGAAAUGCAAACCUAUUUUAUUAUGAAUUCCAAAAUGGUGACACCGGAUGUUCAAAAGGCCAAGGUGAUAGAGCCUGAGGGAAUUCCUACAGACAAUGCCCAGUCUCUGUUCAGAUCCCAAAGCACAAAAUGUUAUAUAGAGUCAAGGUCGGGCUCGAAAGAAGAAGCGAGAGGCUCAAGACUAACCAAGAUGAAGUAACUAUGUGAAUACUCUUUCCACAAGCUGCAAGCCUGUCGCAAAACAUCUUCUUUGGAUUUUCGUCCCCACUUGCGGCUGAUGACACAUCUAAGGAACUUGCUCGUGGGACACCUGGAGAAAGCACUGCCUCAGAUCAGGGAAUUCUGACUAUUUCUGAACUGUCCCCUAAAAUUCCCCCUUUUAGAAGAUUGAACAUAGUUUGGGCCGAGGUGCAUGCACAAAUAUUAACUCGACUAAAAAGAGGCAUUGCUUAAACCCGUUCCAAUUUUAACUUUUACUGUAGCUUUUUGAUUCCAGAGAAGGAGCUUUGCUGGCAAAAGCAGUUUUUGCACUAGAAAUUUUUGCUGUUCCCAAUCAAAACUUUUCUGGGACUGUAUAUAUGCACUUUAAUAUCUCAUUUAUGCCUUGCUGGAGUUUUGUUUUGUUGCUCCAAUUUUUAACGUGGGGGGGGGGGGGAAAAAGAUAAGAUUUGGGAACUCAGCCUUGUUAGCUCAAUGGACCAAAUAAAAAUUCCUGAAAAUAGUU